AUGUCAAUUAACCUAGUUAUUGGAGGGUCUUCGUGGAAUAUUAUUAGUGCGUAUGCACAGCAUGUAGGUUUAGAUGAUGAAGAGAAGAGACGAUUUUGGGAGGAUUUGGACCAGAUGGUGAGGAGUAUCCCCAGUAAUGAGAAACUUUUCAUAGAAGGGGAUUUUAAGGGUCACAUAGGGUCUUCUUCGAAAGGUUAUGAUGAUGUGCAUGAAGGCUAUAGGUUCGGUGUAAGGAAUGUUGAAGAAGUGGCACUUCUGGAUUUUUCUCAGGCGUUUGGAUUGGUGGUAGUUAAUUCGAACUUUCCCAAGAAGGAAGUUCACUUGGUUACCUUUUGUAAUUCGAAAGUGAAGACUCAGAUUGACUUCUUGCUCCUUAACAAAGGAGAUAAGUUGUUGGCGAGUAAGUCUUGGGAGAGUGGAGGAAAUGUUGAUAGUAUGUGGGACGCGAAUGCCAAUUGCAUUAGGGAGACUACUAGAGAGGUUUUGGGGGUCUCAAGAGUUCGUUUAGGCAAGCACCAAGGGGACUGGUGGUGGAAUGAAGAGGUGAAGGGGAAAGUGACGGCCAAGAAGAGAGCGUAUGCAAAGUUGGCAGAGAGUAAGGACGAAGAAGAUAAACGAAAGAAUAGAGAGGAAAAUAAGAUUUCUAGAUGA